AUGAACGAUCCAUCAUUUUCAUCUGAAAAUGUUCAGUCUGAAACUUGUUGUUCAUCAUCAACAACACCACCAAUGCCAAUGUUGACAACAGAUGAUUAUCUUGAUGGUCUUCAUUGUGUACAUGAAGCACAAAAAGUAAAUGCAACACCAGAAGAAAUUAUAUAUAAAUUACGUCUUUAUCUUGAAGAUAAAGUUGGUGGUAAAAAUGUUUUAAAUACAAUAUUAGCACUUAUACGAACUAAACAAAUUGUGGAUUUUAAUAAUCAUAAAGAAUUUGAAUAUUGUACGAGUUUAUUACCACUUUUUAUGGUACUUAUUUGUUUAGAAAAUUCACUUGUUCAACAAAGAUAA